UAGUGAUCUAGAAAGAGAAACUGAAGACAAUGGAGGAAAGAAGAGCUAGAUCUCUUAUGGUGAUUUUUGUGGUGUUGGGUAUGGCUGUCGGGCAGUCUGCUGCUUCAUUCGGCGGUUGCUACAAGAGCUGCUUCCUUAAAUGUAUAAUUACUCCUCCCGGUAAUUCUCCCAUUUCAUGUGGCGUUAAGUGCUUGAAAGAUUGCAUCAUUCCAUCAUCCCUCACCACUUCAACUGCCAAAGAGCAAACCCAUUACUUCUGCAACUUUGGUUGUGCUUCCUCUUUGUGCACCAACUUCAGCACCAAACAAGACCCAGGGGAAGAGAAUGUGACAAAGUGUGUGGAUUCUUGCUCGACCAGAUGUUCCAAGAACUUCUCACCAUGA